AUGGCUUCUAACCCACCGGCCCGCUGCUGUACCAUGGGAUCGCUCCACGAGGGCGACCCCAAGGGCAAAAUCAUCAAAAUUGACAACACCAUCGAGGCCUACGUCGCCACGCCGGUCGACAAGACGGCGCGCGCCGACGUUGGCAUCCUGUACCUGCCCGACGUUAUCGGCAUAUGGCAGAACAGCAAGCUCAUGGCAGAUGCCUUUGCCGAGCGCGGCUACCUGACAGUCGUGGUCGACCUCUUCAACGGCGAUCCCGUGCUGCUGAACCGCCCCGAGGGCUUUGAGCUCGCAAAGUGGCUCGCGCACGGCAGCACGGGCGACAAUCCGCACACCAAGGAGGCCGUCGACCCCAUCGUCAUCAAGGCCAUCGAGGCUAUGCGUGGUAUGGGCGUCAAGCAUAUUGGCGCGGUGGGCUACUGUUUCGGUGCCAAGUACGUCGUUCGCCACUACAAGGACGGUAUCGAGGUUGGCUACGCCGCGCACCCCUCGUUUGUCGACGAGGACGAGCUCGCCGCCAUCACAGGCCCGUUUGCCAUUUCGGCCGCUGAGACCGACUCCAUCUUCCCGGCCGAGAAGCGCCACAAGUCGGAGGAGAUUCUAGCCAAGACCAAGCAGCCCUAUCAGAUUAACCUCUUUUCCAACACAGUGCACGGCUUCGCGGUCCGCGGCGACGUGGGUGACAAGCAGCAAAAGUUUGCCAAGGAGCAGGCCUUUCUGCAGGCCGUCACCUGCCCGCGGCUGUCGUCGCCGCACCUGUCUCCUUCGCCUGACGGCACCCCGACGACGCUCGUCCUCCCCGAUCCCGCGACGCGGACGGGCGAACCGCCACAGCUCAUAGCACCAACACCCAGCCUCGACGGGCGCUCACGGACAGCCAGCAGUCCCGUACGGACAUGGACAGAGCAGCAGAAACAGCAGCAACUCCUCCUGGGCGGCGGCAGCUUGAAGAACGGCGCCGUCCCAGACCGCGGCCGAAGCGACACACCUCGUCCGGCCACGGAAUACGCAUUCCCCCAACAGCAGCCCACACCACCGCCGUACGACGACGAAGAGCCGCCCCCUCUUCCGCCGCCCGUCCAGACCAAGUCGCGACGCGGGAGCUCCAAUGCCAAAACCGGCUCUGCGGAUAACGUCCCUCGGCUGCCCGCCGCGGAGAUGCAGGAGCUCAUGGCCUCACCACUGUCGCUGCCAAUUGGGCCCGCGCCGCCCGGCCCCAUGCGACUGUCCUUUGACCAUGGCAAGUUCUCGCAGCAAAAGGAGGAGAUCCGGCAGUCGCUACUCGCGCAGCCGGAGCUGCGCACUUCCCUGCGAGAUGGGGCCACUGGCGGCCAUCACCACCACGACCACCACAACCACUACCACCUGGCCAAUGGGCUGGGAAUCUACGAGGGGCGCGGCGCAGAGGCUCGCAACGCGCGCACCGAGGCGCCGCGACCAGCGUGCCCGCGUACCGUGUCGACGCCCCCAACCGGACGCGGAAAACUCUUUGAGCUCCCGCCGUACUCAACCGUCAUGCCUCGAUCCGCGGUACCGCCGCCGCCGCAGCGUCUGCCGUCGCUCAGCUUGCACGUAGACGACGCGGGCUCCGAGAAGCGUACACACAGCAUGCUACCCUCGCCGGCCAUACCAGCCGGGUCGACGCCCGUCACCACGGAGACCAAGGCAUCGGGUGGUAGCCGCGCGCCGUCGCCGAUGCCUCCCUUAAUUCCGCUGCCGCCUAUGUCCCUGCCGACGCACUUGCAGCUCGAGCUCGCCGGGCAGCGGCCGAGCCCUCUCUACAUCCACCACUCCCAUACUAGCGACAUCCCGUACGAAUCGAGCGCGGUCAAGUUUGAGCGGCUGCUCAACGUGAUUCUCCUCCCCGCCUACCUCGAGCGAACGCUCUACUUUGGUGCGCUCGCUUGCCUAGACGCCUGGUUGCACACGUUCACCAUUCUGCCGAUUCGGUUCUUCAUGGCGAUUGGGGUGCUGGUGCGCUGGUGGUUGUACGUCGUCGGCAAGGAGACGAGGUUUCUGCUGGGCUUUGUCUGGGACGGCAUCGGCCGGCUGUGGCGCCGAGGCCGAACGACUAGGGGACGCACGGUCAGCGGGUCGACAGCCGGGGACCGGUCGCGCAGUAUCAGCCGCGCAAGCGAACCGGCGAGUGCGAUAGGCGUAGAUGGACUGGCAGACACACUCAGAACCGCCACGCAGCGGCGUACCUCUGCGCAGCACCGCGAGAAAGGUCCCGGUCCCAAGUCUGGCUCCUUUCGCCAUCGCCGCACCAAGUCCAUGCCAUCCAACCUCUCCACCUACCACAAGGCCGAUUUGUUGCAGGGUGCCGUCAUCCUGUGCAGCUCCUUUGCGCUGAUGCGGCUCGACGCCAGCCGCAUGUACCAUUUUAUCCGGGCCCAGUCGGCCAUUAAGCUCUACGUCAUCUUCAACAUCCUCGAGGUUGCCGACCGCCUGCUCUCGGCCAUAGGCCAAGACAUUCUCGAGUGCCUCUUUAGCGCCGAGACGCUGUCGCGCAACGCGUCUGGCCGCUCCAAGAUUCUGCUGCCGCUCGGCAUGUUCCUGCUCGCGCUGGCGUACAACUGCCUGCACUCCAUUGCGCUCUACUACCAGGUCAUCACGCUCAACGUGGCCGUCAACUCGUACUCGAACGCGCUGCUAACGCUGCUACUCUCCAACCAGUUUGUCGAGAUCAAAAGCACCGUCUUCAAGCGCUUCGAAAAGGACAACCUGUUCCAGCUGACGUGCGCUGACGUUGUCGAGCGCUUUCAACUCUGGAUUAUGCUCCUCAUCAUUGCCAUGCGCAACAUUGUCGAGGUCGGCGGCUUCUCCGUCCCCGGCGCGGGCGUCGGCGAGAUGGACAUUGACGGCAACGGAAGCGGCGUGCCGCUGCACCACCCGUCCAGCCUGCCGCACAGCUUCACGGCGCUGCCAUCCUGGCUGUGGUCUGGCGAGGUUCUUUCUCCGUUCCUGAUUGUGGUCGGUAGUGAGAUGCUGGUGGAUACCAUCAAGCACGCCUACGUCACCAAGUUCAACAACAUUAAGCCUCACUUUUACUCGCGCACGCUGGAUAUCCUGUGCAAGGAUUACUACACUCAUGCCUUUGCCAGCCCUUCCCUCACUCGUCGUCUUGGCCUCGCCGUUAUCCCGUUGUCAUGCCUCUUCAUCCGUGCUUCGGUUCAAACGUACCACAUGUUCCUCGCUUCCUACCUCCCUAUGCCGCUCCCGCAGUCGACGCAGACGUCUCUGGCCGAGGAGUCGGCGCGGCCCUCGUCGCCGGCCAUGAUGGCGGCGCUGAACCGCUUCGAUGCGCUGAUCCGGGACUCGCUCGGGCGCGCAACCUACGGCCCCCCGACGGGGUCGGCGUUUCACCACACAGUGCGGCCCUGGUACGCGUGGACAUCGGACGACCUCAUCGCCGCGCUGACCAUGGUCGUCGUCUUCUUCAUCGCCUUUCUCGUGCUGCUCAUCCUCAAGCUACUCCUCGGCAUGGCGCUACUCAAGUACGCCCGCGGGCGCUACGCCGCCAUGAAGCGCAAGGAGCAGCUCGUCGCCCGCGGCGUCAUCGAGCGCGAAUCGUACGACGCCAAGGGCCGUCGCGCGGGCGGCCACGGCGAUAUCGAGCUCUCGGAUGACCGCCAGCGCUGGAUCCACGCCGACAAGACCGAGGGUCUCAAGGGUGGCAAGGGCCCGAGCGGCCGGCGUCCGGGCGAGGACAAGAAGGCGCCGGAGCUGGAUUACAACGGCGUGUUUCGCUACGAUAUGGUGAAUAAGCGCAUUUGGUAA